AUGGCUUCCACCAGCUCCUCACCCAUCGAUGCCCCGCCCCACAUCCACAACCUCUUAAGCAGACUCCACGCCCUGUCCAUCAACCAAGAAAAAGAACUGAAGAGCCAAAAAGACGGCGCCCGCUUCGUAUCCUCGACGUCCGAUGCCUCCGACUUCGACACGCUCAUGCGCGACAAAUUCAUUGCCCUCGACGAGGACAAAUGCCACUUCGUGUACCAACUCAUCCGCGCCAAGGGCGCUCUGAACAUCAUCGAGGCGGGCACGAGCUUCGGCGUCAGCACGAUCUAUCUCGCGCUCGCCGCCGGGCGGAACGCGGGCGCGCUCGGCCGGCCCGCGACCGUCAUCGCGACCGAGUUUGAGGUCGAGAAGGCGCAGAAGGCGCGGGCGCACUGGAAGGAGUGCGGGGAGAGCGUUGAGAAGUGGAUCGAUUUGCGCGUCGGCGAUAUCCGCGAGACGCUCAAGGAGGGGGUCGAGGAUGUUGAUCUGUUGCUGCUGGACAUUUGGUCAGCGCUGGCGUUGCCCACGCUGAAGUUGGUGCAGCCGAGAUUGCGGCCGGGUGCUGUCGUUCUUGUGGAUAACACCAUCACGGCUGCCGGUGGCUAUAAGGAAUUGCUGGAGUAUAUGAAGGCCCCCGGAAGCGGCUUCACAAGCAUUGUGGUGCCUUAUUCUGGAGGAUUUGAGUUGUGUGUCUACUAUCCGCCCAAGUAG